AAGCUGAAGUUAUAGAUUCAUCAUUUUUAGCAGCGUGUAAAGGUCUGACAGUCCAACUCUCUGGUGCCGGACUGAAAUAUGGUUUUCAGAAUGAAUUUAAUGAAUGCAACGAAGACUCAAUAGUGUCAAGUAAUACGUCAUGAAUUGACUUGUGUCAGAUUCUUUUCAUUUGCAGCGAUGGAGCGUCUCACAGGACUCGUGCUCGUCUUGUGUCUUAUCGGCUUCAGUCAUGCGAACCUAAGUCCCACGAUCAACAUUAAGAUCUACGAGGUGUGUGAAGACGCCCCCGUAGGCGCCUACGUGUUCACUGUGAACGCAACAGACAAUGAAAAUGACCCGCUGACUUAUUCAUUUACUGCCCCCAACGACGGAUUCUUCGUCAUCAACAAGAACACUGGAGGUGUAACAGUCAGUCGGCCCCUAGACAGAGAGCAGGAUAAAGGCCUGAUAGAACUUGGAGUUCGUGUCUCGGAUGGUUCCAAUAUUGCAACUGCAAAAUUAAUUAUAGUACUAAAUGAAGCCAAUGACAACCGACCCAUAUUCCAGAAAUCUUCCUACGAUAUUACGAUCCCAGAAAACACCACCGUGGGGGCGAUUCUCUUUCGGGCAUAUGCCUCGGAUCGAGACACUUCCACCGGUGCAGAGGUUAAUUACAACAUUGAUGAAGUUACUCCAAAAUCUGGAUCGGGUCUUUUUGAAAUAUCCCCGCUUGGUGAUGUGAAAUUAAUUGGAUCCCUGAAUUUUACUUCUAAGAGCUCUUUCUACCAGCUGAAGAUCAAUGCCACGGAUGGCGGCGGCCAGUGUUAUUACGACACAGUCAAUUACUUCUCAAGCGUCGUUUACUCCUUCAUCACGGUGGAGGACGUCCCGGACCUCGACCCCCUGUUCAUCAGCGUUCCCUACGUAGGGAGCGUGGAGGAGAACUCUCCUCUGGGCACGACUGUGUUGGUAGUGACCGCCCUGGAUCAGGACAAAGGCGUCGACGAUGUCAUCACCUACAGCAUCGAAGAGUCCACGGCAGAGGGCCUGUUCCACAUCGCACCGGAGACCGGCGUCAUAACUGUAAAGAAGAAAAUCGACAGAGAAGACACCGGAGACUCUGCUACCCUCACCGUGAAGGCGACUGAGGCUCACCUAAACGUCCACGGGUUCCAGGCCAUCGCCACGGCAACCGUUCAGAUCAGCAUCAUCGACCUCAACGACAACAAGCCCGAGUUCUACCGAUGUGGAGCGGAGUGUGUGAAGGAGAGCAGCUUCACGGGGGAGGUGGUGGAGCACCUGCUGGGCGCCGUCUCCUUCAACAUGACCGUCAAGGACCUGGACAAGAUGAAGCGCGUGUCUCUCAGCCUGGAGGGAAAGUACCAACACGUGUUUUCUGUCCAACCACCAAUCACAACGUCCGACAGCGCCGUCCAGCUCCAGGUCCUGCAGCCCCAACUCCUGGAUUUUGAAACAACCCACCGAAUGGUUCUGAAAGUCAUCGCCGUAGAUCUAGACGAACCCACCUUCAACUCCACCGCCACGGUGACGAUAAACAUCCAGGACGCCAACGACCAGAGCCCCACGUUCCCACAAGGCUCGUAUAAGUUGAACGUUUCCGAGCACUCUGCUGCGGGGACAGAACUGGGCACCUUGAUUGCAGUGGACACCGACACGAUGGAUGAAGGCAACAUAACCUACAGUCUCCUUCCAGACAGCAUACGGCUGUAUUUCGACGUGCAGCCGCACACGGGCGUAGUCUACGUGAAAAACGCCACGCUGCUGGAUCGUGAGGUCCGAUCUCUGUAUUCAGCCACGCUGCAGGCCAGAGACACGGACAACAAGCCCGGCAGCACGGUGCUGGAGAUCACCGUGACCGACAUCAACGACCACGCCCCGGUCUUCAACAGAGGCACCUACCGGGAGUUUGUGAAAGAGGGCGAAGAGCUCGAACUCAAGAUCGGGGCGACCGAUGCGGACGACUCCGAGACCGAAAACAGCCAAAUAGUGUUUGGAAUAUUGCCGAGCAGCUUCAGCGAUAACUUCACCAUCGACCCGAACACGGGCGUGUUGAGAAACCAGGGGGAGCUUGAUCGCGAGGCCAUGGACCCGAAGCUGAAGGGGAUCAUCGAGCUCAAUGUGACCGCGACUGACAAGGGCGCCCCCCCGUUAUCCACCGCGGUCACCGUGACCAUCGUCGUCGAGGACGUCGAUGACAACACGCCAGUGUUUAAAGACUCCUCUUACACGUUCUAUGUCAAAGAAGGAGAGAAAGGUGUCUUUGUGGGUUCUGUUCAGGCCGAAGAUAUGGACCAAGAGUUCGACCGCAUUUCUUUCAGCAUCCUCGAGGGAAGCUUCGGCAGCUUCAUCAUCCGCUCCUACGAAGACGAGCGCGGCGGCGGCUACCUGGGAAACAUCACCGUGGACCCCGAUAUCGAGCUGGACUACGAGAGCGAUCACAAGAGCUUCAAGCUGAAGGUCGAGGCCACCGAUCUGGGCCAGAACAACGCCGGAGUGACGGUGCAGGUGGUCGUGUUGGACGUGAACGACGAAAGGCCCGAGUUCGAGCCGACGGCGACGGUGACGGUGAAGGAGAACAGCGCCCCCGGCGAGGCCGUCGGCCGCUUCACGGCGAAGGACAAAGACGGGAACCACUCGCUGGUCUACCGGCUGGAGUCCCAACAAUGCCGAUGCAACGGCUCCAUGGCGUCCUGCGGAUGGUUCGUCCUGGAUCCGACGGGGGAGGUCCGGCUCGACCCGGAGCACACGGUGGAUUACGAACAAUGCGACCAGGUGGUGUUGGAGGCUCAGGUGGUGGACGAGAACACGGAGAAAGGAGAGAACAACAGCGCCGUCGCAGGACGAAUGGAGAUCGACAUUGAAGACGUCAACGACAACGCGCCACAGUUCAUCCUCUCGGAUUCAGUGUUUGUGGUGGUGUCAGAAAGUGCCAGCAAGGGCACAUCGGUGGCAAGAGUCAUUGCGACGGACCGUGACUCCGGCGUAAAUCGUCAGAUUGACUUCAAGGUCACUGGAGUUCAGUUCAGGGACACCAACAACCAGACCAGCCCCAUGAAGACGCUGUUCGACGCCGUCACCACGCAGCAGAAGGACAUCUACGUCGGCAUCAUUCAAACUAACGCAAAGCUGGAGAAGUCCCUGAAGGGGAAGUACCUGGUGGCCGUGAGCGCCACUGACCCCGGUGACCUCUCCUCCGACACCGUCCUGGAGAUCUUCGCCGUCGAUGAGUCGUACCAGGUGGCGCUCGUCUUCAUGAAGUCCAAAUCCUAUGUCGAAGAAAACCUCAACAAAAUCAUCGGAAAGCUGAUGGCUGCAACCAAGGCGGCCGUUGAAGUCGCCUCCAUCGGGGCCGACGACGCGGAACCAUCCAGGGCCUCUGUCAACACUGUCAUUGUGGCUUAUUUCAUCUACUCCAACGGGACGGUGCUGACCUCCACUCAGGUGGAAAAGAUGAUCUCUGUUCCUCAGCACUCGCUGGGACUCAUCGAGCUCGGCCUCACCAACAUUGGGAAGGCUCCGACGGUCGUGGAGCCCGUGGACCCUCUGAGGUACGGCCUGCUGGGCAUGGUGGCCGGCCUCAUCGUGGUGCUGGGCGUCCUCGUCACUUCACUGGUGUGCACUCGCAGGAGCUUCAAGAGGAAGCUGAAGGCGGCUAAAGCCAUGAACUCUGCCGCCAUGGUGACGUCGGACAACCAGAAGAGCGGUCCUGUGGUGCCCGGCACCAACAAGUACACCAUGGAGGGGGCUAAUCCGGUUCUCAACCUCAACAUCGACACGACCAUGGACCUGGACCUGGACGGGGGGAGCUCCGACGUGGACAAAGUCAGCCUCAACUCCCUGGACUCCAGCGGCUACAUGGACAGCCAUGAGAACGGCAUCAACAUGAACGUCAUCGAGGAGGAGGAUGAGGAGGAGGAGGGCGGGCCCCCGGUGUACAUCGAGCCUCUGGGUGCGGCCCUGGCCCAGCGGGGCCAAAAGAAAGGCCACGACAACCCUCUCCUCGGGUUGAGCAACCCGGCGUUCAGCACCACCGACCUGUGACGGCUCGGUGGAGAGACUGUGACCUUUGACCUCCGGCCUCAGACGGACGUCACGCUGCUUCUAAUCAAACACGUUGAUGGAGAUGCACGACGUCUCCAAAAUAAGUUAUUAAUAUGAUGCACGCGCUCAGAGCGCCAUGUGGGGCUUCGUCAGAUCAUUUCAUUUAAGGAUUACCAGGAAGGAAAAGCAACAUUAGAGAAAACAAAAGAAAAUCAUCGAUGAAAAAUCCAAAUUUCGCAAUAUCUGUGGUGGAGGAGACUGGCGGAGGA